CUUAGCUGCAGCUUUGAGAGUGGUGUGUCGAUUUAAAGGCCGCUCUAGACAACCAUUUCCAGUAUCAAACUAACAUAUUGAGUAGUGAUAUUAAGCUAGCUAGAGUUAGAGAUGGGGUUAAAGGGUAAGUUGAUAGCGGCAGUAGAGUUCAAGCUCGGCGGAGAUUUGUUCCAUGAGCAUUUCAGGUACAAACCUCACAAAAUUUCCACAGCUAGCCCGGAGAAACUGCAUGGAUGUGAUUUGCUGGAGGGUGAAUUUGGUCACGUUGGCUCCGUUAUGUAUGCGACGUACACCACCGAUGGGAAAAAGAAGAAAAUAAAAGAAGUUGUUACGAAAAUCGAUGAAGAGAAGAAGCUGAUUGAGUACAAGGUCUUAGAAGGGGACUUGAUGGAGCAAUACAAAGCAUUCACAAUCACAAUCCACGUGGAGAAAAAGAACAAAAUUGAUUUGGCCACGUGGACCCUGGAGUAUGAGAUGCUCAAUGAAGAAGAUGUGGAACAUCCCAUUUCAUUCCUCUCCUUCCUCUUGGACCUCACCAAAGACGUCGAGACUCAUCACAAACUCAACCUUUGAUAUGAUGAAUCCUAGUUCCAUCGACUUCAUUGGCCAAUGUUUUAGGCCAUCUUUUAAAAUCAUUCUAAUAAACAAAAAUUGUCACUUUGUAAUAGAAUUUGUGACGGGCUUACGAAAAAGUCCAUACAAAAUCCUUUACAUAUGGAUAGUUUUUAGUACUUUCGAGUGACGUUUUUUAUUGAGUUUGACUUUUGUAGUACCGAGUAGUAGUGAUGGUUUGGUGCUUUCAAUUUGUAUCGGAAUAAGUGAUUGCAUAUUGUGUCAUGUAUCUAUCACCAUGAAUGA